AUGAAGCUCUUCUUAAACUCAAUCUGUGGAGGUCUGAUCCUACUGCUGGGGACUGAGAUACUCUGUACAGCUGGUGCAGCAUCGCAGAACCGCUGUGAUCAGAACAUCCAGGUGGUGACUACAUCAAGGUGUCAUUCCUGCUCCUUGACGCCUUUAGUAAAAUGUCCUGAUGGCUACACCAAGAGGCAGCCAGAGAAAAGUGCAAAGGACUGCAGGUAUCACAUCACAUUAGCUUUGUCUGUCACGGGCUGUUCGUUCGAGUGUUACAAAGACACGGUGGAGCCCAAGUGCUGUCCAGGUUACUGGGGCAAUGACUGCAUUGAAUGUCCAGGAUCAGCAGCGAUACCCUGCAGCAAUAAUGGAGCCUGCUCGGAUGGUAUAACGGGUAAUGGGACUUGCACAUGUGCACCAGGUUUUAAGGGAACAGCUUGUGAGGAUUGUAAAGCAAACUUAUAUGGACACAAGUGCAGUAACGUGUGUAGUUGCAAGAAUGGCAUAUGUGACAGUGGUGUGAAGGGCACAGGACAGUGCACAUGUCUGUCUGGGUACACUGGCAUAGACUGCGAUCGAGAGCUCCCAGCAUGUGCUACUUUGCGGUGUGGGCCGAAUUCUCGUUGUAUUGAGGACAUGUCCACAGGGCAGCUUCUGUGCAUGUGCAAACCUGGUUAUCAAGGUGAUGGAACCCAGUGUACAUCAAUUAACCCCUGCUUGAGAGGCGUGUGCCAUGCAAACGCAGUGUGUGAACAUACAGGACCGAACCAGCAUGUCUGCACAUGUACAGAAGGCUACAGUGGAGAUGGCCGUGUCUGCAUGCCCAUAGACCCUUGCCAGACGAACCUGGGCAACUGCACAUCUGGCUCUACACGCUGUGUGUAUGAUGGUCCUGGAAAGUCUCACUGUGAGUGUUUGGAGGGAUUUGAGAAGUUUGUUGAAGGAAAGGGCUGCAGUGUAAAAGAUGUGUGCAAACCAGACUCCUGCCAUAAAUAUGCCACCUGUGCCACAGUGGAACCAGGAACAGUCGACUGUAAGUGCCGUGAAGGUUACAUUGGAAAUGGGAAAAUAUGCUUUGGGAACAUAAUUCAGCAGUUGCAGGACUUAAAUUCAAAGCCAGGAGGAGAGUGGACGGGUCAGCUCUCCAGUGCCAUUACACUGUUCAAUAAACUCAUGUCAUGGCCUUUGACCUCCCUUGGACCGUUUACAGUGUUUGUACCAGUGAACAAGGCUUUUAAGGGCACAUCUGUGAAAACCCUGCUGGCUAAUGAGAUGAGAGCUCGCUAUCUUGCUAAGCUGCACAUGGUUGCGGGAGAGGUGAACUCUGACUCGCUGAAGAAGGGAAUCCUCUACUACACUCUGACUGGCAUGGCUGCCGAAUCAAUGACAGAUGCAGAGCAGAUAAAAAUCCGUCUCCAUGGCAGCCGUAAGAAAGGAACUCUUGUGGAGACAGAUAUCUUUGCCUCAAAUGGAAUCAUCCAUUUGGUUGAUAAGCUGAUGGAUGCAGUUCCUUCCACUGUAAUAAGCGAGAAAGAGGAAAACCUGUUGCAGAUUCUCUCAGGAAAUGGAAAAUUCUCUCAGUUUAAGUCUCUGCUUGAGGGUAAGACAAAACUACUUGAACUGAUGCGCAAUCACAUAGUGUCCACUUCUCAGCUGAGUGCCAGCUUCAUUGUGUCGAAUCCUCGUGCUGUGACCAUGGCCGACCAGGUGCUGACAUUUAAUGUAACGAGUGCUGGGCAGAUCCUGGUCAAUGGGGAGUCGGUUCUGGAACUGGAUGUUGAAGCGAAGAAUGGCCGUCUUCAUUCACUGGAGGGGCUUCUAAUCCCUCCGUCCAUAGAACCCAUCAUACCUCAGAGGUGUGACAUCAAAGAAACCAAUAUUUAUAAGGAUUCAUGUGUUAGCUGUACACUUGUCUCCAAAUCUACCUGUCCAACUGGUGAAUCACUGGAUAUAUUCACCAGAGGCUGUGUAUUCAAAAAGGAGACUUUUGGCAUAAGCAUACCCACCCUUGGCUGUUCCCUCUUAUGCAAUGAAACAAAGACUACCCCUCGUUGCUGUAAAGGCUUUUUUGGACCAGACUGUUCCCCAUGCCCGGGUGGUUUCACCGCCCCCUGUUCCUCUCAUGGGACGUGCUCAGAGGGCAUCAAUGGAAACGGCACAUGCCAGUGUGAGCCCAAUUUCAAAGGAUCACGGUGCCAAUACUGUUCCGACUCCAACAAAUAUGGCCCGUUCUGUGACAAAACCUGUGGAUGCAUACACGGCGUGUGUGAUCACCGUCCAGAGGCCAGCGGUAAAUGCAAGCAGGGCUCCUGUAAAGAAGGUUAUACCGGAGAGUUCUGCGAGCAGCAGACCCAGCUGUGUGGGCCCAACCAGCCCUGCCAUGCUCAUGCUAACUGUGUGUCCAAUAAAGGAGCAUUCACGUGUGUGUGUAAGCCUGGUUUCCAAGGGGAUGGAUACAUGUGCGUGGAAAGCGAUCCUUGUGCUUUGCCACAUCGUGGAGGUUGCAGCAUCAAUGCCAAAUGCAUAAAGACUGGUCCAGGCACACACACGUGCCAGUGUCUGAGCGGAUGGAGAGAGGAUGGAGAUGAGUGCCAGGCCAUCAAUAACUGUCUGGAUCCAUCCAGAGGAGGGUGUCACCCCAAUGCCACCUGCAUCUAUGUAGGCCCAGGACAGAGUGACUGUGCUUGCAAAAAUGGUUACCACGGCAAUGGGAGGGAUUGUGAACCUGUCAAUCAGUGUGUGGAGCAGAAGGGUGGAUGUCAUUUCCUGGCCACCUGCCAGUUCCUGAACCCUGGUGGAUGGCAUUGUGUGUGUGAGGACGGUUAUGCUGGUGAUGGAAAAAUCUGUUAUGGAACCCUAGCACAGGAGGUGGCAACAAACCCAAAUCUUCUAGAAUUCAACCUCUGGAUAUUGCGAGCGGAUCUUUCUCAACUGCUGUCAGAGACAGAAAAUUACACACUCUUCGUCCCAUCGGCUCAGGCCACAGAGAAACUGAGUCAAGAAGACAAAGACUUCUGGAUGACCCGCAGUAACCUUCCAAGUCUCAUCAAAAGUCACAUUGUUUAUGGGAUAUAUGCCCUCAGUGAUCUCCGUGCAUCCCCUUCCCCACGACUGCUUUCCCUUUUAAAAAGGACACUUCCUGUUUACUCAACCAAUGAUACCACUAUUGUCGCAGGAGGAAAAAUAACUUAUGGAGAUAUGGCAGCAAAGAAUGGAGUUAUCCAUUUUAUUGACAAAGUGUUGAUGCCUGAGCAACAGAUGAGUGAAGGUUUACUGGAAGUAUUGAGUCAGAGGGCUGAUCUCACUCUCUUCCACAGCUCUCUCUUGAAACACAACCUGACUGAUGAAAUGGAGGAGUCUUCGGGCUUUACUGUGUUUGCUCCAACAGACAGCGCGAUCCGAGAAUACCUCAGUAGAACGGGCAAGGAGUCAAUGGAUUUGAAUGUGACCCAGUAUCACAUUAUAAUAAAUGAGACUCUAAAAGAUGGAGAUUUGGUGGAUGGACUGUAUAAAGAUACCAUGCUUGGCUUUUCGUACCAACUGAGAAUUUUCCGGCAAGAUAAGAAAUUGCUUGUAAAUGAGGCUGAGGUGAAUGUGACUGAUAUAGAGACCAGUAAAGGUGUGAUCCACACCGUGUCUGCAGUCCUGAGCAUUCCCAACAACCGCUGUGACAGAGCUACCACCAAAAUUAUCACGGGACGCUGCAUGGACUGUUUCCACCCAUCUGAGAACCCUUGCCCUUCAGGAACAAAAAGACGGAUGAGCCGAAAGAAAAGAUGCAUUUAUAGUCGAGUAUACCUUGGAGAGACACUGCUGACCAUCGGAUGCAAAGUUUCUUGUGAGAAAGUCAACAUUGAAAGAAAGUGUUGUGCGGGUUAUUAUGGUAUUAACUGCGAGAAGUGUCCGGGGCCAGAAGGUCAGUCCUGUUUUGCCAAUGGUGUGUGUGUAGAUGGGAUCAAUGGCACAGGCAUCUGUCAGUGUAACCAGGGGUUUAACGGCACCGCGUGUGAGACUUGCCAAGCUGGAAAAUAUGGAAUUCACUGUGAUCAAGAGUGUAAGUGUGUCAACGGACGCUGCAAAGACGGUGUGGAUGGAGACGGCAGCUGUAUGUGUGAUCUGGGCUGGAGAGGAAUAAACUGCAACGUUGCUAUUACAUCAGAUAUGUGCAGAGGAAAAUGCCACAGUAGUGCCAACUGCUUGCUGAACGUGGUGGACAGUAAAUACUACUGUAGUUGUGCUGCAGGAUUUAAGGGCAACGGCACAUAUUGCACAGCGGUGGACGCAUGUGCAGAGAAUAACGGUGGCUGCUCGGUCCACGCCGUGUGCAAGCGAACUCUCCCAGGACGGAGAAUAUGCGUGUGCCACCCGGGUUAUGCAGGCGAUGGAAAAGUAUGCAUUUCCAUCAAUCCAUGCCUGGAUGGUAAUAAUGGGGGAUGCCAUGCAGAUGGUGACUGCAUUCAUACAGGCCCUAAUAAGACAGCGUGCAUUUGCAAACUAGGCUUUUCUGGGGAUGGAAAGCAAUGUGAAGCCAUCAAUGUCUGUCUUGAGAAAAGUGGAGGAUGUCACAGGUAUGCCCAAUGUACCAUGACAGGACCCCUGGAGAGGAACUGCACUUGUAGGCCUGGCUUUAUUGGAGAUGGAGAAACUUGCAAAGGCACCCUGAAAAGAUUACAGCGAAAUAAUAUUCCUGAACUUGGAAAUCGUGGCCCCUUCACAGUCUUUGCACCUAAUGCAGAUGCUUACAACAAACCAGAGGUUAAGGACAUUGUAAAACGGACUCCUAUGGAAAUUAAAAUCCUGAGGUACCACAUUGUGGCCUGCCGUGCCCUCCUCCCAGAAGACCUUAUGCAGCCUCGUAACCUGACCACACUUACUGGUGACAUCCUCACCAUUACAUACUCUGAGGAUACUAUAUACAUCAAUAACAAAGCCAAAGUGGUGUUCAGUGAUCUGGAAAGUAGCAAUGGGAUUUUCCAUGAGAUUGACACUGUUCUAGUGCCCCCUGGUUUUCAGAUUCAGAAAGACAGAGAACAAGACAGCACACCACGUAAUCUCUCAGAUGUGGUCAGUUUCCAUGGCUUCAAGACAUUCUACAAGCUUCUAGAGGACACAGAUACGUUGAAGUUGGUGAUGGAUCCAAUUCAUCAGCCUGUCACCCUGUUCCUGCCCACGGAUGCUGCAAUGGCCGCCCUGGCCCAAGAGCAAAAAGACUUCCUGUAUGCGAUGCAUAACCGUGAUCAGCUAGCUGAGUAUCUUAGAUACCACAUCGUGCGUGACAGCAAGCUCUUGCCCUCAGAGCUUAUCCAUGCCAGCUCUUUAAAGACUCAACAGGGCUCAGAUCUGUCAGUGGCCUGCAUGGGGGAAGAGCAUAUCGGGGAGCUUUAUGUGAACCAUAAAAGCUGUUGGAUUAUAAAGAGAAACCUUGAUUUCAAUGGAGGAAUGAUUUAUGGCAUUGACUGUCUGCUUAAUCCUCCAAGUGUCGGGGGGCGCUGUGACUAUAAGCACACCAUUGAUUUCACUUUGGCUUGCAGGUAUUGUGGUCGUGCUAUUUUGGAUUGCCCGCUUGGAAGCAAGCCAAAGUCAGAACAAAAGUGUGUCCGUCCGAAUUCACUGCUGUCUAGGGAUUCAGGAUGUCAAUCAACAUGUACAGUGGUCAUAUGGAAGCCCAAGUGCUGUUCCGGGUACUACGGCAGGGACUGUCUUGCAUGUCCUGGGGGUCCAGGAUCCCCUUGCCGUGACCAUGGUAAGUGUGACGAGGAUCAUCUAGGCAAUGGCACAUGCACUUGUGAUGCUGGAUUCACAGGUGUAGCCUGUGAGCUGUGUGUGGAUGGCCAUUUUGGACCUGAUUGCAAAGCCUGCAACUGCACAGAACAUGGAUCGUGUGAUGAGGGUCCUAAAGGUACCGGUUCGUGUUUUUGUGAAGAGGGCUGGACUGGUCUGCGAUGUGAGAACAAACUAGCCGAUGGUCUUGUUUGCAAUCCGGCUUGCCAUGAGAAGGGCGUCUGCAUGGAGAACAACACCUGUGUCUGUAAACCCUUCUAUGAAGGAGACGGUAUCACCUGCACAGCGGCCAAUAUGUGCAAGUACUGGAAUGGCGGCUGUUCUAAGGAUGCUCAGUGUAGUCAGAAGGGGGAGAAGGUGAGCUGCAUGUGUCUCAAAGGUUUCUCUGGCGAUGGCUUUGUGUGCACACCGGUUGACCCCUGUGCUGAUGGUGAAAACAGCGGGUGUCACGAACACGCUACCUGCACCAUGACCGGAGCUGGAAAGAGGAAGUGUGAGUGUAAAGACAACUAUAUUGGCGAUGGGAUUGAUUGUGAAGCAAAGCAGCUGCCAGUCAAUCGCUGUCUACAAGAUAAUGGACAGUGCCAUUCAGAUGCUCAGUGCACAGACUUGCACUAUGAGGAUAAAACAUUGGGAGUUUUUCAUUAUCGCUCAUCAAAGGGAACAUACAAACUCAACUAUACAAUGGCGCAGGAGGCCUGCAAAGAAACAGAAGGCACUAUCGCUACUUACGCACAGCUGUCCUAUGCCCAGCAGGCUGGUUAUAACUUGUGCGCAGCAGGCUGGCUUGACAAAGCGAGGGUAGCGUAUCCUAUGAGCUUCUCUAACCCUAAAUGUGGCUCUGGACACGUGGGGAUUGUGGACUAUGGUGUCCGCAAUAACUUGAGUGAGAUGUGGGACACAUUCUGUUAUAGAGUGAAAGAUGUGAAGUGUGAGUGUAAAACUGGCUACAUUGGUGACGGAUACUCCUGUACAGGAAACUUGCUGCAGGUUCUCUCAGCUAGACCAACCCUGUCUAACUUCCUGGCCCAAAUCCUGAAUUACUCAACUUCAGCAUCAGGAAAGGAGUUUGUGAAUCGCCUAAGUAACAUCACUAUCCAGUCCACUCUCUUUGUACCUGAUAAUGAUGGUCUCUUUAGCAAUCAGACUUUGAGCGGCAGAGACAUAGAGCACCACCUACUGGAUGGGAGGGCUUUAGUACUGCAGGCUCUUAUUAACAUCACUCAUGUCCGGACACGACUGGGACACAGCCUGACCAUCACGGGUGUGCCUGAUCUCCAGAACCCUCAAAUAAUGACCUCCUUGGGAUACAUCAACGACCGUUAUGUCAUAGACUCCGACAUUUUGGCAUCCAAUGGGAUCAUCCAUGUUCUGCAGGGCCCAUUGAAAGCACCUCCCCCUCCACCUCCAUCCAUCCACCCGGCUCAUAAGGCUGGGAUGGGCAUCGGCAUCCUGGGGCUCAUCAUCCUCAUCGUAGCAGCUGGAUUUGUGGGAUACAAUUUCUACACACAUAAAACAAAGCCAUUCCAGUUCCAUUAUUUCAAGGAGGAUGAAGAUGUGAACCCAUCAGAAUCCAGUCCAAACAUCAGUAAUCCUGUAUAUGACUCUUUCCCUGCCACAAAAGAACAAACUCCAACGGUCAGCGAGUCAAAUGAAGAAGACAAGCAUCAAGUGAUUUCCAGUGGAUCCUAUGACCUCCUCCAGGACAGCUGAAAUCAGCACAUCCAGCAUAAGCUACGGAAUUAUUUGAAUCCUCUCUGUAGCAGAGCAGUGGGACAUUCUGCUGCAGUUCUCUUUGAGAACAGAAGAGGAUGCUGUGAACUCCAUGUCACGAUGACGGGACAGUGGAACACUAGACUGAGAAAUCAAUCUGAAUCUACUGAGGUUGUGUAUACAUUUUUUUUGGUCAGUCUCACCUAUGACUGACCACCUUUUUUUUUCUUUUUUCUUUUUUUGAACGAGUGAUUAUUUGUAUGUGUAAAUGUUGUGAAUUUGGUUACCAGCAGUCUCUAAAUUCUGUUGUACUACAGGCAUUAAUAAAUGCCCAGCAUACAAUGUUUUAAAUAACUGCCCUGCUUAAAGCACAAAUAAUUAAAUAAAAAGAGAUUAUAAAAAUUGUCAAGGUUGUGAGCUCUAUAUAUCUAUUUUAUGCAUAAUAAGUCUUUUGGGGUUGCAAUCUUUGACACAUUUGACACAUGCUUAAUUAUCCAAAGCACCUUAAAAGUACA